AUAUAUAACGAAGUCACGUGGGAUAUCUCACAUGAUAAAAAAAUGGCCACUACAAACAAAUUUUCGUCCACCCGUGAACAUUUAUUUAAAGUGCUUGUAAUCGGAGAAUUCGGUGUCGGUAAAACUUCAAUUAUCAGACGAUAUGUGGAAGGAUACUUUACACCGAAUUACAAACUAACCAUUGGUGUCGACUUCGCUUUGAAGGCUAUAGAUUGGGAUUCUGACACGAAAGUGAACUUGCAGUUAUGGGACAUUGCUGGCCAUGAAAGAUUUGGUCAUAUGACAAGGGUUUACUACAAAUAUGCAAUCGCAGCAAUAAUUGUUUUUGAUUUAUCAAGACCAGCAACAUUUGAUUCCAUACCAAAGUGGUUGAAUGAUGUAAAUUCGAAGGUCAUGCUGUCAAACGAAGAACCGGUGCCAAUCAUUCUAUUGGCAAACAAGUGUGAUGUUGAAGAUGUGGCGAUAGAUGAAAAGAAAAUAGAAGAUUUCUGCAAAACACACAAUAUAUUAAAGUGGUUUCAGACAUCAGCGAAAGACAAUAUUAAUAUAGAUGAAGCCAUGAAGUUGCUUAUAGACUAUAUAUUAAAGCUCCCAGCAGAGAAUCAACAACCGGAAGAGCAUAUCUCACUUACAAGCCGUAACAGUUAUACCGCGGGACAUUCGUAUGAGGAUUCCUUCGAAGAAGAUGAAACACACAAUAAAAAACAAUCUUCAUGUUGUAGUUGAUAUAGAUGUGGAGCUGUGGAACUAACGCAUUUAUAUAAGUGUGGAAUCCGGAUAAGAAGUUAUUCGGAGUAUUUGGGUCGUGUUGAAUUUUAUCAGUAUUCCCAGACAGAGUUUAGGUUUGGAUUCCUUUUUUGUAACGUAAUAAAGACAUUGGAGUCUUCCUUUACUUAUUUGAUAAAAAGUUUUGUCUGUCUCUACAUACUUGAGACAGUGUUCGUCUCUCUCUAUAUGUCUGAAACGGUUUUAUAUUUAUCUAUACAUAUCUGAGACGGUGUUAUGUCUAUCUCUACAUAUCUGAAACGGUGUUAUGUCUAACUCUACAUAUCUGAAACGGUGUUAUGUCUAACUCUACAAUCUGAAACGGUGUUAUGUCUAACUCUACAUAUCUGAAACGGUGUUUGUCUGUCUCUACAAAUCUGAAACGGUGUUUGUCUAUCUCUACAAAUCUGAAACGGCGUUUGUCUAUCUCUACAUAGCUGAAACGGUUGUUUAACCAUAUACAUCGUUUGUUUUAUGGAUUAAAUUAUAUUUUAACCACCAAUAUAUCUAAGGGUAGUUUAGUUACGUUAAUCAAUAUUAAUUCGGUCUGUCUCGAAUCUUGAACACUAUGUUUCAGGAUACUUAAGAAGUAUAUAAUCUUUGAAAGUAUGCUUUUCAAUUAAUUCUCUAAUAUUAUUAUUAUUUGACAUGUUAAUCAUAUUUGACACCAGCCCAACUCCAGUUUUUAGAAAGUACAUCAUUUAAUCUUUCAAAUACUAUAGCUAAUGAAAACAUAUUUGAAAGUAAUCAAUGUUGCAUAUGCAUACAAGUUUUAAUUAAUUAACAAAAAGUUAACUGUAAUAAAAUGACAGUCGGAUGACACUGGCUACCCGCUCAUACAUUCGCUAUGUAUUAUAAUUGAAGUAAAAAAAAUACAAUCCAGUUUUAAUCAAAGGGAAAGUAUGCUGCAUUUUCGCAGUAUUUAUUAAUUUUUUAUAUUUUAUUUCAACGCCUCACUCUUUUUAGUUCACCUAAGCAAUACUCACGCUCAGAUGAGUUAUUGUGAUCGCUCGUUGUCCGGCGUCUGUCUUCUGUCUGUCUGUCGUCUGUCAAUAUUUAGCUUGUGUAUGCGAUGGAGGCUGUACUUUUCAUCUGAUCUUCAUGCAAUUUUGCAAGAAUGAUAACCUUGACUAAACCUAAGCCAAGAUUGAAAAAAGCAUUUCUGUCUUCAAAAACUAGGUCACUAGGUCAAAUCAAAGAAAAAUCGUGUGUAUGCGAUUGAGGCGGUAUUUUUCAGUUGAGCCUUGUGUAUGCGAUAGAGGCUGUAUUUUUCAUUUUAUCUUGGUGAAAUUUUGUCAAAAUGAUUACCUUAUCUAAAUCUAGGCCAAGUUCGAAAUGGGUCAUCUGGGGUCAAAAACUAGGUCACAAAGUCAAAUCAAAGAAAAACCUUUUCAUGAAUUUUGGUCAGAAUGAUAGUCUUUGAUGAAAUCUAGGUCAAAUUGGAAUACGGGUCAUUUGGGGUCAAAAACUAGGUCACUAUGUCAAAUCAAAGAAAAACCUUGUGUUUGCAAUAGGGGCAACAUUUUACAUCAGAUCUUCAUUUAAUUCGAUCAGAGUAUUUGUCUGGAUAAAAUCUAGGUCUGUUAUGAAUAUGGGUCAUCUUAUUCGAAAUACUAGGUCACCCAGUCAAAUUAAAGAAAAAACUUUGUGUACGCAAUAGGUUUUGUAUUUUUCAAUUGAUCAAAUAACAAAUUGAUAAAAAACAAGGUCGCUGGGACAAAUCAAAGAAAAACGUUUUGUAUAUGAUACAGACUGUCUAUUGAGGUUCAUCAAAUUUGGUCAGAAUGAUUGCCUUGAUCAAAUCUAAGUCAAGUUUGAAUGUAGGUCAUCUUGGCUCAAAAACUAGGUCAUUAGGUCAAAUUGAAAAAAUACUUGUUUACACCUAAUAGACCACAUUUUUGGUCAAAUCUUAAUGAAAAUUGGUCAGAAUAUUUCCAUGAAAUCACUAGGUCAAGCAUGUUUUACACUGUAAUGGUGUGUUUCUCAGGUGAGCGACCUAGGGCCUUCUUGGCCCUUUUGUUUUCUAGCGUGCUCCAUGUUAUAAUUUUAGUCAAAUAUAUUUUAAAUGUAUAUUGGCCACAUUUGAAAGAUCAGUUUGUUUACUGACAACGUCAGCCUUUUGAAUUACCGUCAAUGAGCUGUGACGUUUACAAUUAGACAACUCUAGAGUCAAAAGACACAUAAUAAGUGUAUCAGAACAUGCAGUCUUCCAUUAUGACUGCAGAACACCUAAAAUGCGUGUAAUUGACGCAAAACACCUAAAAUGGCGUAAUUCAUAAUGUACAUUAUUAAAAAGGCUCAAUUGUUCAAAAGACACUAAUUACCCCUAAACUUCAUUGAUAACGUGUUUUAUCAUACUAUUACACUGUAGCACUGUUAUAGCUGAGUGAAGGUAUUUUCGAUGGUUAUUGUUGUUAAGAUAUAAUAAAUUGAAUGUUUACUGCAAUAUGUCAAUAUUUAGCAAGGAAACAAAUGCUACAGUGAAAAAAUCACUGUGUAAAGUAAGAAAUGUUUUUAAGUAAUACAUGCUGUUAUGUAUAUAAAAAUAUGCGCGUUCUUAAAUCCUAGAAACAAAACAUAGAAUAAGAUCGUUACACAAUAGGAUUGCAAAUUGAUGACAUUGAAAUAUUAGAAGUGCGCAACAUUCAACAAGAUACUUUCUUGAAAUAUGAUUAAGAAUUCUACAAAUUUAGUGCAAUGUAACUUGUUAAUUUGCAAUAAAUGCAAUAUCAGA